AUGGAGUGCCAGCUAGUAUUGUGUCAGACCGUGAUCCCAGAUUCACUUCAGAGUUUUGGAGAGCUUUUCAGGCAGAGAUGGGCACUAAGGUGCAUUGAGUACAGCUUAUCAUCCGCAGACAGAUGGUCAGUCAGAGAGGACUAUUCAGACUUUGGAGGAUUUGCUGAGGAUGUGUGUGUUGGAUUGGGGUGGCCAUUGGGCAGAUCACCUGAGCUUAGAGACGACAGAGAAGGUCGUGUUGUGAGGCUGAACAUGAAGGAGGCUCAGGAUAGGCAGAAGAGUUAUGCAGAUAGACGCAGACGAGAGCUUGAGUUUCAGGUUGGAGAUAGAGUUUAUCUCAAGAUGGCUAUGUUGAGGGGUCCUAACAGAUCCAUAGCAGAGAACAAGCUGAGUCCGCGAUUUAUGGGUCCGUUUCCAGUAGUGGAGCGAGUUGGGCCAUUGGCUUACAGGCUGGAGUUGCCUGAGAUUAUGAAAGCCUUUCACAAGGUUUUUCAUGUGUCGAUGCUGAGGAAGUGUCUUCACCCUACAGAGGAGUUAGUGGCUAGGAUUCCAGAGGAUCUUCAGCCAGAUUUGACAGUGCCGGCAGUGCCUGUGAGGAUUUUAGAGAGGAGGGAAAAGGUUCUGAGGAACAAGAGGAUUCCCUUACUGAGGAUUUUGUGGGAUUGCAGUGGUUCUACAGAGGAGACUUGGGAGCCAGAGGCAAAGAUGAAGUUGAAGUUCAGGAAGUGGUUCGACAAGCAGGUCGAGGAGAUUGCGAUCCUGAAUAACUCAUCAUGUUUUUGGAGACUUCGUUCUCUGGCAGACUCUCUGGGUGCAAGUAGGCCUCAGUUGAGUGUAGCUUAUCUGGGUGCAAGUAGGCCUCAGUAUAAGCAGUUUAGUUCAUCUGGGUGCAAGUGGGCCUCAGUAUGGACGUUUCGGGUUCGUCUGGGUGCAAGUGGGCCUCAGUGCGGACCGGUGUGGACUUGUCUGGGUGCAAGUGGGCCUCAGUACAAGUGGUUUGUGUGUUUGGAUGAUGAGUUAGGAGUGAAAUUUUUGGAACGUGCUUAUGACAUAGGAUUUGACGUAUGUCUCGGGGAUCAGGUGAGGAUCUCCAGUGUUGCGGCCUUGCGAGGUCGGGUUUUUGUGGUCUUUGUGACGUUUGUUGGGAUUCGAGGUCGAAUCCAGUUUAGUGGGGGAGAGUUGUAA